AUGAUCCAAACGCUCUUUCACGGCCUGAUGAAGAACAUGCGACUGGCGCAGAGUUGUCCGGACCGCCUCGAGACGGUGCACGCCGACGACGACAUGCUCUUCUCCGAGACGCGGCCGCGCAGUGCGUCCGAGGACCUCGCCACGCCACCGGCGUCCUGGGAUACCAAGCGCGAGAAGUGCGCCAACUGCAAGCACAUUUACCUCAAGUUCCUGAGCCCGGCCGCUGGCUUUUGCUCGCUCGACUGCAAGGCGAACGCCAACUACAUUGCGGAAGUGCGCACGCAGCCCAAGACGACGCCGACGGACGUAGAGCACGUUGUGUCGUUUAAGCCAAUUAGUAUCCAUGUUCCCGAGACCCCGGCCAUGAGCAUGCACGCGUCGACCGAGGUUGACGACGACAACGACAUGUACUACGCCGAGUCGUUUGACGGCCCCCAUACGUUCAGCGACUUUCACACCGAGAAGCUCGCGGCGCGCGCCGUCGAGUGGUCCUUCUCCGCCCUCUACUAG